CUCUCUGUCCAGAAAUGACUUUUAAACACCAACUUUUCAGCAUUGCUUUUGUGGUUAUGUCUAUGCUGUGGCAGAACAGGAAUUUCUUCUGGAACUGACCAAGGUUGAAGAGGGCUGUGACAGUCCAGGUUCAAUGUAAUCUCAUUGGGCACCAGAAGUGGAACUCAUCUAUUCAAAAUGGUUUAUGGUGAAUUUUUCCGCAGACCUGGCAAAGAUGCAGAACUUAUCAAUUUGAAUGUGGGUGGCUUUAAGCAAUCGGUGGAUCAAAGCACCUUGCUCCGAUUUCCCCAUACCAGACUUGGGAAACUUCUUAAAUGCCAUUCAGAAGAGGCUAUCCUAGAGCUGUGUGAUGAUUACAGCGUUGCAGACAAGGAAUAUUACUUUGACAGAAAUCCUUCCUUGUUCCGAUAUGUUCUGAAUUUUUACUAUACAGGUAAACUUCACGUCAUGGAAGAACUUUGUGUCUUUUCCUUCUGCCAGGAAAUAGAGUACUGGGGGAUAAAUGAGCUGUUUAUUGAUUCCUGCUGCAGCAAUCGGUACCAAGAAAGAAAAGAAGAAGGUCCUGAGAAAGACUGGGAUCAGAAGAGCAAUGACAGAAGUAUAGACUCCUCCAACGAAGAAUCAUCCAUAUUUGAUAAAGAGCUGGAAAAGUUUGACAAUCUGUGUUUUGGUGAAAUAAGAAAGAAGAUCUGGGUCAGAAUGGAAAAUCCAGCAUACUGCUUAUCUGCCAAGUUAAUUGCCGUGUCAUCCCUGAGUGUUGUCCUGGCAUCAAUUGUGGCCAUGUGCAUUCACAGCAUGCCAGAGUUUCAAAGGCUGGAUGCCAAUGACAGGGAGAUUGAAGACCCUGUGCUGGAAGCUGUGGAGAUCACGUGCAUCAUCUGGUUCACUGCGGAGCUAGUGAUCAGGCUCAUCACUGCUCCAAGUCAAAAGAAGUUCUGGAAGAAACCACUGAAUAUCAUUGAUUUUGUCUCUAUUAUCCCAUUUUAUGCCACGUUAGCUGUAGACACGAAGGAAGAAGAAAGUGAAGACAUAGAAAACAUGGGGAAAGUUGUUCAGAUCCUGCGGUUAAUGAGGAUAUUUCGCAUCCUGAAACUGGCCAGGCACUCUGUAGGACUGCGGUCUUUAGGUGCCACUUUGAGACAUAGCUAUCAGGAAGUUGGACUUCUGCUUUUGUUUUUGUCUGUUGGGAUUUCUAUUUUUUCAGUGCUUGUUUACUCAGUGGAGAAAGAUGAUGACUCAUCAGAACUGCAAAGCAUCCCUGUUUGCUGGUGGUGGGCAACCAUCAGCAUGACCACUGUUGGUUAUGGGGACACUUACCCAGUCACUCUUGCUGGAAAGCUGCUCGGCACCCUGUGCAUUAUCUGUGGGAUACUAGUGGUAGCACUUCCAAUCACCAUUAUUUUCAAUAAGUUUUCUAAGUACUAUCAAAAGCAAAAAGAUAUUGAUCCAGACCAAUGCAACAAUGAUCGCAAAGAGAAAUGUAAUGACCUACCUUAUUUUAAUAUUAGGGAUAUUUAUGCAAAAAAGAUGCACUCCUUCAUUUCUAGCCUUUCUUCAGUAGGAAUUGUAGCCAGUGACCAAGAUUCAACAGAUGCAUCCAGCAUCCAAGAUAUGGAGGAUGCUUAUAACACAGCAUCUUUAGAGAAUGGUACAGGAAAAUGAGCAGUGUUCUCUUCAUUUCUCUUCUGAUUCUUGGUAAAUGUGGACUUAUAAACUUCAGUGAAUUUAUUAAGAGCAGUUAAUUCUCAGGGUACUUAACUCUCAGCCAUAUUUGGACAUUCUUUGCUCUGAGGAUGCCAUAGAAGCGUCAUUGUUUAUAUGAGGCUUUAAAAUAUGCCUCAUAUGGUGGUUUAGUCUUUACACAAUUAAUGUUAUGCAUUUUUUGGGGAGAAGGAGUCAGGAAAACAGUUUUACAUGUGAGGUCAGUGUUUGUUUGGUUUUGUGGAAACAGUUUUUGUUUGGUUGGUUGUUUUUCCCCUGCAGCAAUCUGAUAGCUUAUACAGAAUCUGCUUUUAUAAUUUGCUGCUCUUCAGGUAGAGAUAUAUUAAAAAUAUGUAAGAAAUA